UCAUCGUCACCACAUGAGGGGAGAGGAAGUUAAGCCGCACAUUAGACAUGCUUUCAUUUGGUGUUCUGCUGAUCUUCAACCAAGGCAGCCUGAUGCAAAUGCUAAUAAUUCUGCAUGAUGAUCAUAACUUCAAUGAAACUUCUUUUAACCAUGUGUUUUGGCUGCUUAGCUACAGAUCCCAAUAAUUUAAGAAUCAUCCAAGAACCAACAAAUAUAAAUCUAUCAGUUGGAGACUACACAGAAAUCUCCUGUAUUUGGGGAAAAGCUGUUGAGAGGUGUAGAGCAUGCUGGUAUUUUGUUAAUAAAGUGAACAUCACUGAACGUAUAUCAUCAAAAGUUCUCUAUUUGUCCAACAUCACCCGUGAAAACAAGGAUGUGCUCAUCAUCAAAUCCGCCAAUGUAAAUGACACUGGAUUUUACUACUGUGAAAUCACUAUUGAAAUACCUUUCUUUAAGAAACUACGUGGAAAUGGGACAAUGGUGAUUGUUGAAGAGAAAGCAGCUUACUCACUGAAAAGGAGAUAUUUGGAAUCAUGGGCCACCCUUCCUUUUUUAGCGGCAGUGGGAAGCUUGUAUCUUUUCUACAGAAAGAAAAAGCACUCCACCCUAUCUGGUGCUGCACAGCUUCCUGUGCUGACAGGAGGGCACGAGCAGGAGCAGAGAGUCGAGGUGGAAGAGCUUCAUGGGAGAGAUGAACCCACCAGGGAAGCAGCUGAGGAAAACUCAUCACCUAAUUCUGCUGAAUGGGCUGUGUCUUUGCUUUAUGAAUCACUUGAAAUUUUAUGCAAUGAAUCAGGAAGAAAAGAUGACAAAUCCGCUGCAUCUAUUGUGUCUAAUGGAGAAGAUGAGCAAAUCCCACAAACUAGGGCAGCUGAAAAGUCUAGAAUGAGACAAGGAUCUACCAUCUACUUUGACAUUCAGAACUGAACAAAAUAUGGCUAAAUAACUAUGAAACUGAAAAAUACGAUAAUUUGCUGCUGCAAGAUGGAUUACGUGUUUCCUGUCAAAAGCUUGUCAGUGGGACAAUACAGAAGAAAAACAGUUGGCUCUAAGCAGUUUUUGAAUGUUUUGUCACUAACAAAAUAUUCUAAGGAGUCUGAAUUGGGAGGAUAUGUCAUCUAGCAGACUGUCUUCAGCUAUUCCUCUGGUCUCCAGAAAUUCUCUCUUUACCACACUUUGAAAAAAACUUCUGGACUGAGCAACAUUCUCUCAACACAAGCAUUGCUUCAGGAAACCCAUGGAUAAAUAGGAGAUGAUGGAGACAAAAAUGCAUGGAGUCUGAGCUCUGAAACUGUCAUCAGUUCUGACCACAUUAUAGACAGAGAGGUAUGCCAGAAAGAAUUAUAUUCCUGUUAUAUCUAAAGGGACUGUUAGUGUUAAUUAAUUCACAAACUAGGAAAAGUCUUCCAGAGAAAGAAAUCUCCUGCACACAAUGAAAUAAUAGAUUGAAAUGAAGAUAUAUACAUAUAUAUAUAUAUAUAUAAAAUGUAUAAUCAUUGUCUAACUGAUUGAGGAGGGCUGUGCUUGGAGGAGAUAGGGAUGGUAGUGCUUGUUCCACUUUUGCCAGCUUUAAAACUUUUAAAAUAAUCACUGAAGAAAAACCAAAGUUGAAAAAAUUAAGGAGAAACUGGCUUCCAAGGUCAGAACACGGGGGAAAAGUUUUGACAGCAAAGCUAAUGGCAGUUGUCCAAGGGCUGCUGAAUGCUAAGAGUGGAUAUCUGAAAUGUGAAUGUGUUUAUGUACCAGGGUUAUGUCAUCUUCUGUUAAUGCUUUUUUCAGAGCUUAGCUGGAGGUUAGAACAUCUUCCCAUCAGUGCAGGUAGAAACAACUUCACUGCUUGAAAUUUUUGUCCAGCUUGUACCUGGACAGUGCAAUAGACACAAUCCAGCUUUCCCAGAGCCCUUAAAAACUGCUUGUGUAGUCUAAAUGUGUGACUGGCUUCCUCCUAAAUGUUGUUAAUGAAAUCUUUGUGGCCACGCAGCACGGCUCAUGGUGUGGCUCAGUCUCUGCUGUACUGACUGCAGUUCACAAAGCUACCUCCCAAAUCACUGUAACUCAGCUGGGUCUCACUCUGGAUCCUCUUUCCUGGAUUACUCUGUAACCUCCCCUGAAUUCCCUACUGCAAUAAAUA